GAUGUACGUCAGAGGGCCUCUGUCACUUCUGGGCGGGAAACAACGCUCGGUUACACAGAUUCUUUACAGUCCGACACUAUCGGUCAAAUGUUUCCUCUCUUGUUCUUGGCCUAUGUCGUGGCCAUCAAGGUUUUCAAGAAGACUACUCCAAAUGGCAAAGUCACCGUCUACCUUGGUAAGAGGGACUUCGUCGAUCACCUAGAGUCGGUGGAUCCAAUCGACGGCAUCGUCGUGGUUGAAAAUGAUUAUCUACAAGGAAGAAAAGUCUAUGGCCAGGUGAUCACGACUUACCGCUAUGGUCGCGAGGAGGAUGAGGUAAUGGGAGUGAAGUUCAGCAAGGAGUUGAUCAUCGCUCGUGACCAGAUCAUCCCCAUCAAGAAAGAGAAGCAGGAGACGACUCCCAUCCAAGAUCGCCUGCUCAAGCGGCUUGGACCAAACGCCUAUCCCUUCAUCUUCCAGUUCCCGCAGAAUGCUCCGAGCUCCGUAACACUUCAGCCCGGUGAUGACGACAGCGGAAAGCCUCUUGGAGUCGAGUACACCGUCAAGAUCUAUGUCGGGGAAAACGAGGAAGACAAGGGACACAAGAGGUCGUCAGUCGCUCUGGCUAUCAAGAAGCUGCAAUUUGCCCCGGCAAUGCGAGGACGCCGCCUGCCGAGCUCCCUCGUCUCUAAGGGCUUCACCUUCUCCCAGGGAAAAUUGAACCUCGAGGUAACGUUGGACAAGGAGAUCUAUUACCACGGGGAGAAAGUCUCUGCCAAUGUCAUUGUCACCAACAACUCUCGAAAGGCAGUCAAGAACAUCAAGCUCUAUGUUGUCCAACAUUGCGAGGUGACAAUGGUGAACGCUCAGUUUUCACGGCAUGUUGCAAGCUUGGAGACCCGCGAAGGCUGCCCCAUCACACCUGGUGCUUCGUUCACCAAGCAGUUUUAUCUCGUUCCAUUGGCCAGUAGCAACAAGGAUCGUCGCGGUAUUGCUCUUGACGGACAUCUGAAAGACGAUGACGUGAAUUUGGCCUCCUCCACAUUGGUUGCUGAGGGAAAAUGCCCUGCAGAGGCAAUGGGUAUAGUCAUUUCGUACUCCGUUCGCGUAAAGCUGAACUGCGGCACUUUGGGAGGUGAACUUGUCACAGAUGUUCCGCUCAAGCUGAUGCACCCUGCUCCUGGUGCCCUAGAGAAGGAAAAAGCAGUUUUGAAGAAGAGCAAGAGCAUCGAUCGUGCACGCUAUGAAAACUCUUGCUACGCCAAUGACGACGACGACAACAUUGUCUUUGAGGACUUUGCUCGCUUGCGUCUUAACGAGCCAGAAUAAAACACCGAGGAGUAUACGCUGCACAUGCUAUGAAAAGAAUGUAAAUUUAUCUACUUUUGCAAUGGAUAUGCAUCGUAGACGACUUCGCACUAUGAAUAUUCAAUUGUUGAAAUUAGUCGCACCAAUUUUACGUUUGCAAGUGAGUCAUAGAAGAUUGUUAAGUCUUUAUUCUAAUCAUGCGUCUAUUCUCAUUUUCGAGUUGACAGCUUGUAAGGGCAAAAUAUCAAAUUGCCUGGCGUAACAGUCUAAGAAUUUUGAAAUGCAAGUAUGAAAAUGUAAUCCUUUCAGAAGUAUCAACAAUCAGAAAAUCUGAUCAGAUUUUGUUGAUGUUACCACGAAUAUUCUGAAAGCCGAUGACAUUUUUGUAUGAUCUAAUGUAUAGGACGUGAAGAAAAAUUAUUGAGGGGGAAAAACGAUGCGCGAUGCCAUUGCUUGUGUGAUAUUAUGCGAUGCUUGGGUUCUUUUCAAAGCAAGCAAUGAAAAGUAAGUAGUUAUAAACCAAAUUGUAGAGUGAUAUAUCAAGUCUCGUAAGUCAAGUUAUAAUGUACAUAAAGUUACCUCAAAUAACUUGUUUACGAUAAAAUUAUUACCUAUUGAAUUAUCGAAAAAACUGAUAAAAAGAAAAAAAAACGAAAAA